CGCCGCGGGUGCCGGGCUCUCACUGGGGUGCACCUGCGAGUGGGUUUUUUUGGGUUAUGCUGCUGUCUUUGCGCCCCCGAGAUGCCGCGGUUGAGGUCGGGGAAAAUGGUAUCGGCCAGCGAGGUGGGGCCGUUUGGCUCGGAAGGCGCCGGCCCCGGCUGCCAGGGUGCAGGGUGUGAGCCAGGGAGAAAGCUCGUAGCGAAGCGGAGUCCUCGCCUGGCGCGGAAGAGAAAACCAGAGCAGCCCUUACCUGCCUGCGUGCAAGCUGCCAGGCUCGCCAGCGCUUCCUUUGGGCAGUUUGCUCCUCUUUUGCCCGUGCAGGAGGAGCAAGGUGAGAACGGCCGGGAAUUCCCAGGUAGAAAAAACAGGGGGAUACAGCACAGGAGGGCUGCCAGAAGCGGCAGCGGUGUGGCUCCGCCAAUUUCAGACACAGCCGAGAGUGAAGAUCGACAGGCAGCAGGUACGGGUGCAGCAGUAGGCUGUGAAGAGACUGUAAGGAGAGGGACAGGGCAAAGUCAGCAGCUGUUUUUCUCGGGAACUACUUUGCAGAAUAAGUUCUCAGAAGGGAUUGAGAGGAAAGAACAUUGCUCAGACCACGUGGACCUCUCAGUUUUCCAAGAGGAUUCAAGGAGUUCAGAAAAAGACGGCAAAUACGGCUGUAUGGAUAUAAAAUUACAAAUUCCAUCUUCAGAGGAAGAAAUUGAGAGCGCAGAGAGACGUGGCAUUUCCUGUCUUCCGGAACCAGAAGGGUUGCGACCCAGAGAGGUCACAUGGAGUACUGAAAUGAAAUGCACUGACUCAAUGAUGAUGCAGAAUAGGCAAAUCUCUGAUUUUAGGGAGAAUUUGGGGGGUCAGGAAGCCAUGACUGAACCAAAACAUCAGGAAGAGAUUGAUAUGCCAGAGAAGUUGAAUGGGUGUCCUUUAGUUGGAUCAAGACAACUAGGGACGCAGGAGAAAGAAAAGAAAUGUUUGAGCAAGAAAGGCGGGAUAUCAUUGAUGAAACCAAAACUAUACGGUCCCAGAAAGGAAGGUAGUUCUGUUUUGCUAGAACUGCAUGCACAGUGUCCAGAGUCCAGGAAAGGACCUGUGAAUAUGAGGAAGAGGGAUAGAAAUGCACUGGUACAGGGCAUAGAUGGACAAGAACAACCACCAACCAGACGGAAGACAUACAAGCGCUGCACGAAAGAAGAAUGGCAGAGCUCAGUCCCUCAGAAAGGAGCAGACAGCCCAGGGGAAAAUGCAGGGGAGCAGUUGAAAGCAAUUGAGCAAGAUUCUGGUACUUCACGGGCUGUGAAGAAUGUAAAGACAGAGCAAAACAGACCAGAAGAUUCUAAGGAAACAGAAUCUCACUACUCUAAAUCUCCUAUGGUUGCUGUUUUAGGUGGGACUCAAAGCAAGAGCUUUCUAUGCCGUGCUGUAACAAAAAAGUCUGGUGUGCAGUAUAAAGUAAGUCGGCCUAAGAAAAGAAAACCCAGAAAUGGUCAAAUCAAGCACUUGCAAAGUUUGACUGCAGCUGAAAAAGUGAACACAUCUGUAAAAUGUGAUGCUGAACAUUGCAGAAAUGCCCUUAAACAUUGUAGUGGCUUGCUCUGUGCAACAGAAAAGAAUCCAUAUGUGAGAUUAGAAGACUGUAGUUACAUCAAUACAUUAGUGAAGCUUUCAACUAGUGGAACUACCAGCAGUUAUAAAUUAAAUGGAUUCUUCCAUGUAGCCCAUGGUACUGUAGAGGUGAGUGAUACAAUUUGCAGCAAUAGUAGAAUGCUAAAUGAGAUAUCACCUGUAAAAGGUGGUUUAUCGUCUAACGAAGAAAAAAAUGAAAAUGGAGAAGGACGCCUUUCGUGUUGUCUGAGUGAAAGCAAUAAGUGUUUAAGGGAAAAAAAGUGGAAUAGUGGUAGGAAGCCUAGAAAAAAGAUGAAAAUCACAGAGAAAUCAGAAGUGCAGAAUACUUUCACAGGCAUGGCUAAUGAGUGCAGUAAGUGUGAGUUACAAGCAGAAGCAGCGGUUGCAAUAUCAAGCUCCUUUGCAGUUUCAGGACUAAAUCAUACUCUGUCUGAUUCACGUGAUCAUGAAUUAAAUCUUCAUAUGGGAAGAAAUACUCAUGAAGCACAAAAUAUAUCAGCCUGGAGAACGAAGAGUACCAAAGUACCUGCAUUUGAAAAUGCUGUUAAGAAGAGAUCUGAGCUCUCUGUAAUAGCGAAAGGAGAAAAUUCAAGCACUGUGGCACAUCAGUCAGCUGCCUCAGGUACCCUGAGAGCGCUAGCUCAGGUCCAUGAUACUUGUGACUGUCACAAAAGCAAGACAGGGGGAAAAUUGAACAAUGUGAAUAAGGAAUUUCAGCAGUUUACCUGUCAAAGAGCAGUACCCAUGACUGGUAAAAAAGUUUGGCCUGUUGAAUCUUGUGCCAGGACUUCUGAAUGGGUUUAUAAAAAUCAUGGGUCCAUCUCAGAAGGAAAAAGACUUUUAAAAGCUGCCUUUGAGGAUUUCUCUGAUAAAAGCAGUGUUAAAGGUGUAGGAGGUAGUGCUGUGACUGGGAGUUUGAGACAGUUGGAUUUGCCGGUGUCAUCGGCAGAAAUUACAAAAGAAUCUGCACAUAAAAGAAUUGAUCCAAAUACUGAAUGUCAGACUUCACUUGAAGCACCAGAAUCCUCUUCUGUAGAUAUUUACAAGACUUCGAGAAUGAGUAAUGAAAAUGGGGAAUCAUCAGUUAAUGCAGAUAGAAGCAGUUUGGCUUUUAACCAUGAUGAUGUGCAGGAAGUUAAAGGAACCUGCAAUUUUACAACCAAACAAAAAGAUAAAAAUGACAGAGAUGUAACAAAUAGAAACUUGUCUGUGACAGUCAAGAAGGGUAUAACAAAACAAAAAAAUAAAAGUGAAGGAGAUGUAACAACUGAAAACCUGUCUAUGACAGUCCAGAAAGGUACAACAAAACAAAAAAAUAAAAGUGAAGGAGAUGUAACAACUGAAAACCUGUCUAUGACAGUCCAGAAGGGUACAACAAAACAAAAAAAUAAAAGUGAAGGAGAUGUAACAACUGAAAACCUGUCUAUGACAGUCCAGAAGGGUACAACAAAACAAAAAAAUAAAAGUGAAGGAGAUGUAACAGCUGAAAACCUGUCUAUGACAGUCCAGAAGGGUACAACAAAACAAAAAGAUAGAAAUGACAGAGAUGUAACAAAAAGAAACCUGUCUGUGACAGUCCAGAAAGGUACAUCUACAGCUGACACAAAUAGAAUAAACUUUAGCUCUAAAGUGUCAGUAGUGAACCAGACAUUUUCUGAUUUAAAGCUAAUUAAAGGGUUAAACCCUGAAAACCUGACGAAAUUCAGAAUUCCUUUAUGUAGAAACAAACCUGAAUCCAGGAAAUUAAAAUCUGUCCAUUCAUUUGAAAGAAAAACCUGUAGUCCACUUGAGCUUGAAAGCACUGGUGUUUCAAGAAGACAGAAGACAGGUGAAGAGACUGUGCUGGUAAAUUCUGAGCAGCACCCCCCCUUUCCUGUCAUAAGUGAUGCUACAUCUACAGCUUCUGUAAAGAAAACAGCAUAUGAGAUUGACAGUAAGGACUUUCAGCACAAUGGCUCUGAAACCUUCUCAAAUGGGAUAUUUGUGCUCCCCGAAAGUUUUUCUGCAUAUCGACAUCCUCUUCUUGAUGGACAACCAGAGUCAUCUGUGCCUGAUUUCUCCGGUUCUGAAUGUGUGCUGAAACCUAGUUUUCCUGAUCAUUCUUGGAAAUCGGUUGACCACCCUGUUGGAUUGCAAAUAAAUGAUGAUAGUCAAAAUUCACCAGAUAUUCUUGAAGCUUACAAGCAAGAUAUUCUUGUUAUUGAUGUGAUUCAGGAUGACCCUGAUCUUUUUGGAACCAGUAAUGAAGAGGAGCUAGCCCUUGCAUGUGAGAAUUGUCCAGUGAAAGCGUCCUGUACUAAUAUCUGCAUUAAAGACACAAAGCCUGAGUCUCCCAUUACCUCAGAAAAGAGACAUUUGGUUGAGAAUAGUUCUGGAUGCGUGCAAGAAUUUGGAAUAUCAAAUGAUAUUGAAAAUUCCUGUGAUUUGGUGCUAAAAGCUGAAGAUAUUAAAACGCACAACUCCUCCAGAGGAAGCAGUCCUUUGGGAGAUGUUACUGAGGACUUUCUGAAAGAUGGGCAACCAAGUGAACUGGAUGAACUUUUGAAGAGUUUUGAUGUGAAUGAAAAGUUCAAGUUUGCAGAUGGAGUGCCUGAUGUUAAACAAGAAAAAAAGAGUGAAGCUGAAAAAAGUGACUGUAAAUACAAAGAUCUUGUGAACUGUGAAUUGCUAUCAGGAUCACCACUGAAUGACCCGAAAGUAAAUAUCUUCAGUGAAGCUACAGUGAUGAAAUCCUGGACAAAUGUUUACAAACCGUCAGGAAAAAGUCCUUUACAGACAUUGAAGAAUUUUGGAGAUCUUGAGCCAUGGAGGAUGGAGAAAAAUGCAACUGCUUCUCAUUCAGUCCAACAGAUCCUCGAUGCACUUGACUUGCCCCGUAAAUACUGCAGAUACUAUUUCAUGACUUCACGUGGGUGCACAAGAGCAAGAUGUCGGUUCUGCCAUGUCCCGGAACAAGGGGAUGAAAAGAUUUGCAUGGCAAUUCUUAGGACAUACAUUAAAAUCAAAGAACCAGGCCUCCUAAAACGUGCAGUCCAAAUAUUUGUGCGGUAUUACAGAGGAGUUAUUCCUGGUGUGGAUUUUGCUUCUCAAGUGUUGAAUGAUCUUCUUGUUGCUCUGCUCAAGAACUGUUUGUUGCAGGAGGUAUUUUGGAUAUUGAAUGUAACCGUGGAAAUCAAGACACUGCCAACUACAGAUGUUCUUCUGAAAGUUUUUGAGCAAGUGGCUUCUUUGAAUUUAAGAGAUGCUGUGCCUACAUUAAUCCGUACCUUUCGUAAGCUCGUUGAUGCUGGUAUGUUCCUUGAGUUAGACCAUUUUGACUAUAUUGUUAAGUUACUUCACCAAUUGCAAGUUUCUAGUUGGGAAAUAAGCAUUGUUUUGAACAUAAAAUCCAGAUUUAGAGAAAGACACCAUUUUGAAAAGAACUGGCUUUUUGAUUUCAACUUAGCAGCAGAUGAAAUUCAGCAUUGUAAGGAAAAAAGGGAUUGGACCAAGCUGGGAACUUUGUAUCUUAAUGCAAGAACUGGAUGUGAAUGUUUUGAGGAUUUUCAGAAAUUAUUUUUAUCUAUUGCUGAAAUACUAACCAAAGAUUCUGAGUCAGACAGACCAGAAGUUCCUUUCUGUGAUUUUGCUGAUGCAGUAAUGAAAAAUUCACAACCUAAUGAAGCAGACAGACUUUUCAUUGGGAGGACUGGAAUAAGCGUGAUGUAUUCUUAUCAUGAAGUACUGCAGUGGAUGAAGGGAAGGAAGGUUUUGGAUAAACUGCACGAGCUACAGAUACCUUUUACGCUCAUGAAAGGACUUAUAGGUUCAGGGAGGUCAGCAUCAAGAUGUCAGAUUGUUAAUAAAGCUGCAGAAAUCUUCCUUAAUUGUGGAAGUUUGGAUGGAGCAACAAGGGUAUUGAGAGAGUCAGAGUGGACCACAAAUGCACCAUUGUGGCCUUGUGAUAAAAUGGACAUCCUCAAUCGACUCAAUCUGUUACAUACCCUAGUGCACAAAUACUUGAGUAAGAGUUUGUACAGGCAGGCUUUUGAAGUUCUGCAGAACUUCCCAGGUUUGCAAAAACAUUCUGAUAUUGUAGAUGUUUCUCAGUACAGCUGCCUUUUUAACAAGCUGAUAAAUGCCUGUUUUGAGAACAAGAGCCUUGGGGUCUCAUCUUCUGCAGUAGACUUCAUGCUUUCAAAAAAAAUUGCUAUUGAUUUUAUUUUACUUAGAAGAUUAAUCACAGCUUUGGGAAGAAGUUCUUUGUGGUCUAAAGCUAGGACAUAUUACAAAACUGCUUUAUCAUUGGGUUGCUACCCACAGCUGCAGGGAAAUUCAUACCACAAACUUUUGAAGAUUCCAUCUUACCUGUCUGAAGUUGAGAUGCUGUUGGCCAUUGAAAUAUUUCUUGUUUCAAAUGCCAGUUAUAUUCAAAGUCCAAUGGCUACUAGUCAGACUCUUCAAAUAAUACUGAAAAGAUGUGAAGAUCAGACAGUUCAGGAUAACAGUGUCUAUCAAAUGGCAGUGGAGAGACUGAUUCUAGCAGCUCGUUUAUCUGAUCCAAAGCUUCUUCUUAAGCAUAUGACAAUGAAUGUUAAUAUGGAAGAGGUUUACAGCCUGGAGCUUUCAUCUGCUCUAAAAUGGCUUCAGGAGAAUAUGAAAUGGGCUGAGGAGGUCUGGCUGUUUCGAAAUUCCAUGGGCCAAACAAGACAAAACUCCAGUGUGGAAUGGAAACAAGCCUGGAAAGAUGGAAAAAUGUUCUGAAGAGUAAAGUUAAGUACAAUAGAGACAAUGCAGUUUUGCAGAGCCAGCCACUCAAUAUAUUGACAAUAUCCAUAUUUUUGCUUUUUCCCAGAUGUAAGUUAAGCUGAAAGAACUUAUGUGUUUGACUUUAAGCAACUAAUUUGAUAAAGUUUUUCAUACAGGAAAUAAAAUGUAUGUGUACCUUUUUGCAGAGAGAGACAGAAAAAUGUGCAAAUAAAAACUUUCCUAUGUUGUGCUUGGUAGCUUGGUGUGGACAACGCUGCGCUCCUUUGGAAUGUUGUUAGAUGCAUGAGAAAUUGCCUCUGUGAAAAUAUUUUUCAGUUUUCACUGAUUACACGGUAUGCUCUUGGAAAGAUUGCUUUUGUUAGGUAUGGACAGUUUCUUGUAACUAAAACAGAAUAAUGGGUUUUGAAAGGCUUACCACAGUUUAAUUUCAAAGCAUUGAUAGUUUUGAGAGUUUCUGAACCCACAUGGGGGACGGAGGUGAAAAGCUGGAAAUAGGAGCUUGACACUGUGUUUUAUAAAGAGCAAUUGGGAGGGUCCCUUUGGAGAAGUUGUUAAGAUGUUCAUAAAUGGUUUUUUAUUCUUUAUAUAAAAUAUUC